AUGAUACGAGCCAGACGAAGUCUGGAUAGAAGGGUGCUUUUGGACUUCGGCUGCAGCAAGGGCAUCCUCUCAAUUUUAGACGCUAAGGCUGGGGCCGCCUAUGUCUACACCCCUGAUGGUGUUGCCAGCCUCUGCCAACUUCCUCGCCAAAUUAUUGCUGAGAACCUUUUUUCCUGCACCACUGGGUAUAAUUUUGGCAACGGACGAGAGGACUGGGAGGCUGCAACAAGGAAAUGA